CUCUCGCGAACUUCCCUGGAAGACCCUGAAGAACGCCUUCACACCUCUGCACUUUUACUCAUCCCACUCAUCGGCAUGGGUGUGCCUUUGGCCCCAGUAAGCUCCGGCACUCGAUCUUGCAGACUUCUUCGGAAGACUCUUGGACACAUGUGUACAUCUCCCCUUCCAUCGUCUCCACAGAGGGUUGCACUGGGGGAUUUAUAAGGGUGACUGUGGUCAGGUACCGAUUCAGUUCGAACCGCCCGUCAUUCAGAUUGUUUGUGACUGGCCUUUGAGCGGUGUCUGUGUGGCUCCGUAGCUCCGGCUUUCGCUUUCAAUUCGCUCCAUUUGGAGUUGGAACACUCGAUCACCAUCUGAACAUGGUUCUGGCCCGCUGGUUUCGCUCCCGUGAGGAGUAACCAUGGUCGGUUCCUCAGCAUGUAUCCUCAUCGUCGUCGACGUCCUCCCCUCUGCUGUCCGACCAUGCCCGCUUCCGCCUUUGAGCAUGUCUCAGGUGAUGAUCACUCUUACUGACUCCCAAAACCUGCCGUCCCCCUCUGCCUUCACCAAGAUCCAUCAAGUCAAGUUGAGGCGAUUGAAUGAUCAGGAUUUCUGCCGUCGACAGGAUCACCUCGUAACACAGGUCCUGUCUGCUGGCUUUCUGCGUUAUCUCGGGUUGAGUGUGAAGGGUUUUGAUAGCGGCCUUCGCCCAGGUAUUGCCGGCGGUCGUCUUUGGGUCCCGGUGCUCCGUGCUGUAGCCUGUCUGCCGCAUUCGCUUGGUUGUCCGUCGCUCGGAUCCGCCACUGCUGGUAUCGAUUCUACUGCUGGUCCCGCCUUCACUGCUGGUAUGACCUCCGCGGCUGGUGUCGUCUUCACUGCUAUCAACCUCGCUUCUGGUAUCGGCCUUGCUGCUGGAAUCGCCUCCACUGCUACUAUCGUCUUCACUGCUGGUCUCGCCUUGGCCGCUCCGGGCUCGACUGAAUGUGUCCACCCUGGGUGGUUGAUCCAAUUCCUCCACUGCAUCGGUCCUGACCGAUCACCAGAGCUCUGA